UGUUGGUGCAGACUUUAUGCCUAGUUAUGAUGCAUGAAACUUUUUGAACUUAUUCACAUUUGCAAGAACAAGGAUGCUAAACCUCCAACAUGGAAAUAUGUGCAACCUAUGAGAGGAGCUUUCAUAAUAAAUCUUGGUGAUAUGCUAGAGCAAUGGAGCAAUUGUAUUUUCAGGCAUGCUUGGAUGCUGGCUUUUUCUACGUGAUCAAUCAUGGAGUCAACCCGGACUUGAUGGAGGAGGUGUUCGUCCAGAGCAGGCAGUUCUUUGGUCUGCCUUUGAGAGAGAAAACGAAGCUGCUGAGGAACAAGAAGCACCGAGGCUACACUCCUCUGUUCGAUCAGGUCCUCCACCCUGCAAAUCAGAUAAACAGAGAUUAUAAGGAGGGAUACUACUUACGAGUGGAAGUACCAGAGGACGAUCCUCGUGCGUAGUAGCCUCAUUUUGGACUGAACCCCAGGCCUUCUGAGGGUAAACUGCUGUUUAAUGUAAUUUCUGUCCAACUUAAAUCAGUUGUUGAUUGUGGAUGUUUAUUUUGGUUUCAUUGUAGUAUUUUGAGUAGAAAUAUUGCCAAGAUGGAGGCAGGCGAUGGAAAAUUUCGUUGUCAAGCAUCGUGAGUCUUUACUAUAGAUGAUGAUAUAGAGCCAUAGGCAUUAAUUUUUCUUGCUAGUUCCCGGAUGUAAAUUUUAUUCCAUCCAAGUAAAAGAUAAUACAUAGAUCUUCUGUUUCUCUGAUGGGGUAUUUUGGGCAUUUUCAGUACCCGAUAGUCACUAUCGCCCCCUUCUAUAUGCAUCAGACAUUGCCAAAUUCCUGUAUUUUUGAAGGUGGCCCAAUGGGAGUUAAAUUGCCUCUGCCUUUUGAACUGAAUAUGCUCUCUUGGGCUCUUAUCCUACGUUGGCCAAAGUGAAACUCUUCUGGUUAUUUGUAGCGGCUGAUUAAACAAUUUUCUGGGGUAUUGUUCCAAAGCUGCUAUGCUACAAUAUGAACCAGUUAUUUUUAGCUGUCAAGAUUUAUCAUUAAUCACACUGACCAAGAGCCUCAACGCAAGGGUCUAAUUGCUUACAGUGGGAUGGCUGAUAUUACAGUCAAUA